CCCAAAUUGUCUGCGGUCUCCGAUCAAACUACCGAAGGCAAAACCCUGUGAGCUAAACUCCAUCUUCGUGGCCUUUCUUCUUCCCUACACACAUGGCUUCAUCGCCACCAUUUCUACUUUCAUCUCUGUCGUAAACCCAUUUUUCUUCUCUUACACAUGCGUGCAAUAUUGAUAGAUGGACGUAAGAAGAUUGAAAAUUCCCAAAACUAUAGCUAUAUUUUCACAUAUCAAACGUCCUUUAACUUGUGUGAUUUAUACUGCUUCUUCAGAUCAAAUCAGUGAACCAUUACAAAAAGGGGACUCAAAUAAGCCUAACCCCAGCUCAGAAAAGAAACAGAUAAAGGGAUUAGAUUUGAAUUUGCGGAAGUGGGUUGUUUCAGUUCUUUCAGACCCACCUGUAGAUUCGUUAAAGAUUAAAGAUUUACUGACCCUUUUGAAUCCUCAACAGUUUGAUGCUAUUUUCUUGGAAAUUCAUUCGUCUUUGAAACCAUUGAAUGUUUUGAAAUUCUUCCACGUAGCUUCUGGUACUUGUAGUUUUAGUUUUACUGUUAGAUCUUAUUGUACUUUGGUUCGUUUGCUUAUUGCUUCGAAUCAUGAUGCUCCAGCUAGGUUGCUUUUGAUUAGGUUAAUUGAUGGGAAACUACCUGCAUUGUUUGAUAGUUUACAACAAAAGCAUGUAGAGGUUGCUGUUUCGUUAGCGGAGUUAAGUGGUGUGUCGGAUUUUGGUGUUGCUGUCAGGACUUUUGAUCUUUUGCUUCAUUUGUGUUGUACUCAAUUCAAAAGUGUUGGUUUUGAUGCUGCAUUGGAUGUGUUCAGGUCGUUGGCAAGUAGGGGAGUGUAUCCCUCUUUGAAAACUUGCAACUUUCUGUUGAGUUCUCUUGUGAAAGAGAAUGAGCUUUGGAAGAGUUAUGAGGUUUUUGAGAUUUUGAAGGACGGUGUUAAACCAGAUGUUUACUUGUUUAGCACCGCGAUCAAUGCUUUCUGUAAAGGGGGGAAGGUGGAGGAAGCACAGGAGUUAUUUCGGAAGAUGGAAAACAUGGGUAUUUUGCCAAAUGUUGUCACUUAUAAUAACCUCAUUCACGGGCUUUGCAAGAAUUGUAAUUUAGAAGACGCAUUCCUUCUAAAGGAAGAAAUGAUAUUAAAUGGUGUUAACCCAAGUAUUGUCACGUAUAGCAUGCUUAUUAAUUGUCUGAUGAAACUUGAGAAAUUUGAUGAAGCUGAUUGUGUGUUGAAAGAAAUGUCAAACAAAGGGCUUGUUCCGAACGAGGUGUUGUAUAAUACCAUCAUUAAUGGUUAUUGCUCAGCAGGAGAUAUUCAGAAAGCUCUAAAGGUAAGGAAUGAAAUGCUAACAAAAGGAAUUUUUCCCAACUCAGCUACUUACAAUUCACUGAUCAAAGGUUUCUGCAAGGUAAAUCAAGUUAGUCAAGCUGAAGAAUUCUUAGAAGAGAUGUUAUUACAUGGAUUGGGUGUAAAUCCUGGUUCAUUCAGUAAUAUUAUCCUUGUACUGUGUACGAAUUCUAGGUUUGUUGCUGCACUACGUUUUGUUAAGGAAAUGACAUUAAGACGUUUGAGGCCAAAUGAUGGGUUGCUGACCACAUUAAUUAGUGGGCUUUGCAAGGAAGGAAAACAUUCAGAGGCAGUUGAGCUCUGGUAUAUGCUACUAAUGAAAGGGCUCACUGCCAAUACAGUUACCUCAAAUGCUCUAAUUCACGGACUUUGUGAAGCUGGUAACAUACAAGAGGCUGUUCGGCUGUUGAAAACAAUGUUAAAAAGUGGUGUUCAAAUAGAUAGCAUGACUUAUAACACUCUUAUAUGUGCAUUUUGCAAAGAGGGAAACUUGGAUGGCGCCUUUAUGUUGAGAGAAGAAAUGGUGAAGCAAGGCAUUGCACCUGAUGUUUCAACUUAUAAUGUGCUACUUCAUGGGCUUGGUGAGAAGGGUAAAGUAGAUGAAGCCUUGUUGCUCUGGGAUGAAUGUCGAAGCAAGGGACUUGUCUGCGAUAUUUAUACCUAUGGAGCCUUAAUUAAUGGUUUGUGCAAAGCUGACCAACUUGAAAAGGGCAGGGACCUUUUCCAUGAGAUGCUCAGACAAGGCUUAGCCCCAAAUUUAAUUGUAUAUAACACUCUUAUUGGAGCUUUUUGUAGAAACGGAAAUGUGAAAGAAGCCCUUAAACUUCGCGAUGACAUUAGAAGCAGAGGUAUUCUACCAAAUGUUGUCACUUAUUCCUCUCUUAUACAUGGCAUGAGCAAUAUUGGGCUUAUUGAAGAUGCUGAGAACCUUAUUGAUGGGAUGCGUAAGGAGGGAGUUCUACCUGAUGUUGUUUGUUAUACUGCAUUGAUAGGUGGAUAUUGUAAGUUAGGUCAGAUGGAUAAAGCAAGGAGCAUUUUGCAGGAAAUGUUAUCACACAAUAUACAACCUAAUAAAAUAACUUAUACAGUCAUUAUAGAUGGGUAUUGUCAAGCUGGUAAAGUUAAAGAAGCUAAGGAGUAUUUCGCCGAGAUGGUACAGAAAGGAAAUACUCCUGAUUCGGUCACCUAUAACGUUUUGACGAAGGGGCUUUUAAAGGAAGGGGAGAUAGAAGAAGCCUUUUCACUUUUAGAUCAUAUUUCCCAUACAGGAGUUGGUUUAGAUGAAGUUACAUAUACAUCUUUAGUGAAUUUACUUCCCCAGAGAUCAGCAAGUGCAAACCAGGAAUGAACUGACCUGGCACAAAGUUCACACUCAUCUGGUUGGACUUUUUGCUACCUCACGUUUUUAACGCAACACAGCUAUAUACUUGCUUGAGCACAGUUGGGCACUUGAAAAGCACAUAUAUCUACUUGAUUUUCUAAUGACACAAUGGAGUCAAGGCAACAUCUGCACAUUGGGGUUGCGUCAUAAUGCUAAAACUCUUAUGUGUGAUAAUAGGGGUGUCAUCCUAAUAUUGGAGAUUGAAAUAACAGAAACUGGUUCGUUAUUGUGGGUCCAGAUUUCUUCCUUGUGCUUUGAGUUAGUUGCAUAUGCUGGGUAGAUCAAGGAACCAAGCAGCUGGUGGAUGGUUUUAUGGAUAGCAGAUAAGUCCAAGAUUGCGCUGUCCCCCUAACAGUUUCGUUUGGUUCCAUGCCCUUGUAUGUUUGAGCGGACUGCACUUGAAAAGCCAAAACCUACUUCAGCCACGGGGAGUGUUCGUGCAGAUAAGACAAAAGUGGCAGAGCUACCUUGGCCUAGGACCAUAUUGUGGAGAGCAUCAAAUGGUACUAUAAAUCCGUUUAAUCAAAUCAAAGAAUUGUGCUGUUUCAGUCACCUAAGAGAUCGCUUUGUGUAUGUUCUGCACAUCAUCUGCUAUAGAUGUCUGCUUCUGUUCGUUCACAAUUGCUUCUUGGUUCUUCCACAGCUAUAGUCUCUCAACACAUGGUGCAUCAGUAGUAUAAUCAGUGAAGCAAUUUAGUCAUGAUUGCCAUGUUACUUAUGUGUUGAAAGGAGCGCGGGGUAGUCGCACCCCUGAGAUCACUCGACCCCAACCGAUCAAUCUCCUGUAACUACUAUCUCGUGCGCGAAGGGUUGGUUACUCAUGCUUCCCAGGCAUCACACAUACUCAGGUCAUUAGUCAACAGCUCCCUAGAAAGUGAAAUAGGUUCAAGGGAGAGUUGUAAAUAGGAUGAAGUGAGAGCCCUGAACAGUUCCAUUGACAUCUUUGAUAGAAAGAGUGGAUUUUCAUAGAUUUAAUCGAGGUGUACAAAAAUUGGCUCGACCACUACUUACAAGUUCAUUAAUAUCUUUGAUAGAAAGAGUGAAUUUUCGUAAAUUUAAUUGAGGUGUACAAAAAUUGGCUCGAACACCAAUUACAAGUAAAUAUGUUUACACUUCAAUUUACAUCUCAA